CUCAAAGUCAAUAGUCCAUUCCUAGUUGGUACUAGUCCAAGUAACAUAUCAAACCGUGCCAAAGAAAAUCUAUAUAACCAUAGUGUAAAAUAAUACUUAAUACCUAUACGUAAACACUGCGUUAUAACUUUCAGUUCUUUUUUGAAGCCACAAGUACUGGAACAAAAUAUUAUUGAACGAUAAGCCUUGUUGAAUUAAUUUAUUGUUUCUGCAGUGGUGGUAAAUAAUGUCCCCCUAAGAAAAUACAAUAUAACAAUUCGUUCUUAGAGUGCCAAUAAUAUAAUAACGGCAAUUCACGGUUAUAAUUUAGAUAAAGAUUAUUAUUAUUGUGUAAAGAUAAAGGAUUUUAUUGACGGAAGGUUAUAGAAAGACGUGUGGAAAACUUAUCUACUCAUUACGCUUUGAAGUGUGGUACUUAGUGCCUGUACUCAACCGAAGGAAAAUGACUAAGGAUUUGGUGGAUUUCAAGAUUCGUGAAGAAUGCGAGAUCUUUCAUCUAUCAGAAAAGCAGUGCAGGGAGAUAAUGAGCAGACUUCACAAUGACCUUGUCAAAGGUCUUGGAAAAAACUCACAUGCCAAUGCAAUAGUUAAGUGCUGGAUCACAUACAUUCAAGAUUUACCUAAUGGAAAAGAACGUGGCAAAUUCUUGGCUUUAGAUUUAGGAGGAACAAACUUUAGAGUGCUUAUAAUAAACCUAGGUGAAAAUCACUUUGACAUGCAAUCAAAAAUCUAUGCUAUACCAAAUCACAUCAUGACAGGUACAGGUCUAGCUCUAUUCGACCACAUUGCCGAGUGCUUAGCUAAUUUUAUGAAGGAACAUGGCGUGUAUGAAGAACGGCUGGCCCUCGGUUUCACGUUCAGUUUCCCGUUAAAACAACUGGGGCUUACUAAAGGCAUCCUGCAGCGUUGGACCAAGGGGUUCUCAUGUUCAGGGGUUGUCGGCGAAGACGUCGUGCAAGGACUCAAGGACGCAAUCGCUAGACGCGGGGACGUCCAGAUUGAUAUAUGCGCUAUUCUGAAUGACACAACGGGCACAUUGAUGUCUUGCGCGUGGAAAAACCACAACUGCAAGAUAGGACUCAUCGUUGGUACAGGCAGCAAUGCUUGCUACGUGGAGAAGACAGAAAAUUGCGAGUUGUUUGAUGGCGAGCCAGGCAAGCCGGAAUUACUGAUCAACACGGAAUGGGGUGCCUUCGGCGACGACGGCACCUUGGACUUUAUAAGGACAGAGUUCGACCGAGACGUCGACACCAAUUCCAUCAAUCCCGGCAAACAGAUCCAAGAAAAAAUGAUAUCGGGCAUGUACAUGGGUGAGCUGGUUCGCCUGGCGCUCGUGAAGUUUACACGGAUGGGGCUGCUCUUCGGAGGCCGCGGCUCGGACAUGCUUUACCAGAGGGGCAGUUUCUACACCAAAUACGUGUCCGAGAUCGAGUCUGACAAAGCGGGCGACUACACUAGCUGUAUGGAAGUUCUUGAAGAACUCGGUCUGUCGCACGCGACGGAGGCUGACAUGGCGGGCGUGCGGCACGUGUGCGAGGCGGUGUCGCGGCGCGCGGCGCACCUGGUGUCGGCCGGCAUUGCCACGCUGCUCAACAAGAUGGCGGAGCCGCGCGUCACGGUCGGCAUCGAUGGCUCCGUGUACCGAUUCCACCCGCACUUCCACGCGCUCAUGUGCGACAGGAUCGCGCAGCUGGUGCGCCCAGGCUUACAGUUCGAUCUAAUGUUGUCGGAGGACGGUAGCGGCCGCGGCGCGGCGCUGGUGGCGGCCGUGGCGUGCCGGCAGCGCGAGGCGCUGGCGUAGACAGUUCACAGCCCUAGUGACGUGCCUCGGCCUUCGCUCGCUACAGAUCACACCCGAACCCAAGCCUCAACCUCCAAUACCUCAAUACACACUUGUAACUAUUGAGCGGCCGAUUUACGUAUGCACUUUUAAAAUCUGUCAGUUACAUACAAAAUAAUAUCGUGUGGCCUCUCGCACACAUGGUUUAUAUGUAACUGACAGAUGUCAAAACGCAUACUUAAAACGGUUGCUCUGUAAUGUGGACUAUACUGCCGUGGUAAUCGAGAGGGUAAUUCGUGGAGUCAAAAGAUCGUUUUUUUUUAAAUUACAUUUAUGGAAUGUGUGUCAAACGAACUUUCCUCCUUUCUGGGUUUUUAAGCCUUAUGCAACAUGAAAAUAGAGCUAGCUUUUUCACAAGCACAAAAUAAUAGAGCAGUACUUUAAACUCCGUUUUCCCUUAACCACCUUUUCUGGCUUAGGUUUACAGCCAUCGCGAUUACCACGUCAGUAUAGUGCUAAUUUGGUUUUACACAAUCUCUAAACUAAACUAAACAGAUUCUUAAACAUUAUACUAACAAACUUAAAACUAUUGCUAUCCUUUUCCGUAGAGAACAUUGUGGAAAGGAUAGUAUAAGUUUAAGAACUGUCAGUUUAGUUUGAUUUAGAGAUUGUAAUUUCUACGGUUCGAGACACACUUCGAAUUUGGACGUACUUUUUUUUAAAUCAGUGUAUGAUUAUUAUUUUAAACCCGUUGUGCCAGAUCUUUUUUCCACGCACUUGUAAAUUGUGGAAUAAAUUGCUUCGGCGUUGUUCCCACUGGAUUUUAAUAUGGGGUUAUUCAAGGGUUUGAUCAACAAAUUCCUGAAAAACUAGUAAAGCGUUGGCAGUUCCUUUGAUACUGCAAAUGUUAUGGGCGACGGUAAUCGCUUAACGUCAGGGGACCCGCUUGCUCGUUUGCUCCCUAUUUAUAUAUUUAUUUUAAAAUUGUUAGUAAAAUACAAGUUUACAACUAUUUAUAAAAAUCAGAAAGGUAAGUUGAUACGUCCAAAUUCGAUAUUGUUGCGCGGGCCUUUAGACCAUUACUUAUACUGCCGCUUUUUUAAUUAAAAAAAUCGUGUCACAUGAAACAUUUGUAUUUUUGUACAAAACAAAACAAGAUAUUAUGAAUUUUAUAUGGAUAACUAUUGAGGUUUUGUUGAUUUGGCAAGGCGUGUUACAUGUAUGAUAGAUCCAAUCACCGCCGAAUCUUUAUCUACACACUACCUAUAGGUACGUACAUACGUCGGUAACUGCAGUAUGCUUAGUAUGAGAUUAAACAUCUCACCAACUCAGGUUUCGAGCGUCAAAACUCAACGUCAAAGUAAAAUGGACUUAAAAAUUCUUGAUUUAUAGUAAAGAAGAAAACUUGAAAAGUUCAUAUUUAUUUCGCGCAACGUUUCCGCUUGGAGCGCUGGCUGUAGAUAUAUGGACAAACUUGAACUUUAAAAAUAGGAUCUGAAGGUCCAUUUUAGUUUAACGCUGAAGCGUUUCGACACUCAAAUUAUAUUAAAGUUGGUGAGCUGGUGUAAAUAAUGUUAUACUAAAGCCUACAGUGCCUAAUGCUAAAGUUGCGCUAUGGGACUCAAAGUACCAUUUUGUGUAGCUAUAGAGCAUAGACUGUUCCAUCGGAAAAGAUUAUAGAAGGUGGUUUAGUAAAUUAUUGAUACUGUAAAUGAUAAUAAUGACGCAGAUCGGUUUCGUUUAGUAUUUAGUCUUAAAGAGUUGCCACUGUGUGCUUGGAGGCUGGACACAGUUAAACUGUGAGCUCUCUGUUGGAUAGUAAAAUGUGUUGUUUCACUAUUGCAGUCUUGUUACAAAAUAUUUUAUUAUUUAUUUGUCCUAUGAGGUAAAAAUGUCUUAAAUUCAAAGGUGUUUUUGUUGUUGUUAAAUAAAUUAGUUCAAUAAAGAAAUUAAAUAGUUUUAUGGAUAGACACUAAGAUUUUAAGAAGCUAAUAUUUUGUACUUAUUAAAUUACUACAAAUAACUUAGAUUAAUCUAGUCACCAAAUCUUUUAAAAUAUUGGCUAGGUAUUAUAUUUUGGAACAGAAAAAUGUGUACUUUUUACGGCAUUUGUAAGUCGCGCAAUAAAGAUACUUAUGUACGUAUGGGAACAUAUGUUUUUGAGACUGAUUUAAAAAUUAGACCAUCCAUGGCCAAUCCAUACCUACUCUCGAUCUUAGUGUCAAUCUUUUUCGGCCACAUUGUGCAUUUGAUUUUGUUAAAUCUCUACCAACUUGCGAGUUGCGGUAUGUACUUUCAAGAACCAUAAUAUUAUUUACUAUGGCUGUGUUUUUUCAAAAUGGAUCUAUUUGACUGGUAGGACAGUCACUAUUAUGUACCUAUUAUUUAAAGUAUAAGUAAACUGCCACGGGACUUUUCUAAACAAGCUUAUUAGCACCUGACUAGCUAAAUAAUUAUAUGACAGCAUGUUUAUCGAUUACGAUUUUAGCGUUCAAUUGAAUAGAUCGCUUAAAUAAAAAAAUGUGGAAAUGACUGAAUCUACCAAAUUUUUGAAAUAAUAUGGAUCAUUGUCUAAGUUCGAACUUAUUAAUUUAUUAGAUUUUUUUAAAUUAGUGUUAUUACUUAAAGCACGAUUAUCAUUAUAAAAUGGAGAAUUUUUAUCUGUGCUAAUUUAUAUGAAGAAUUAGCUUGAAAUCAAACUUGUAAUAUCGACCCGUUACGUAGGUAAGUUAUUUUGGUUCUUGCAAGUUGCGUUUCACGAGUGCGCGUGGCUCAAGCUUGUUUUAAAUCUUAUGGGUGUAAGAUAAUGUAAACGUGUGCGUUUGCGAACGCUUGCUCACAUCAGGCAGACACGUACACUGACGCAAUGUGCUUUUACACGAACGUAACCACAAGUAAAGUUACAGCGCUCGUGAAUCGCAAGAAAUAUAAAUACAAAAGCAAUAAAUAUAGGAAUCUCAUUUGCUGGCAAUUCACUACAUUGAUUAUUAUUAUUGUUGUAGAAUCAUUUAGAUCAUUCCAUUAAACAAAUAAAAAACCUAUAUUUUGAUUUGGAUACCAUGGUAGACCAUGAUAGGAAUGUUUCUUAAUACAUAUUAUGAAUUAAUGUGUUAUUUUUGGACACAAUAUUUCUUCAAAGAUAUUAUACUAUCUUUAAAUGACUUUCAUAUAUCAGUGUAACAAAUAUAUUUAUUAUUUCACUAUGUAUAGUCAUCAAUUAUAAUACAUUGUAAUAGAAAAUUCAGUUCAAUUAAGUAUAGGUAUGGUUUCUAUAAAUUAGUGGUUAAAAUGUUUUUUUUUUUUUUGUUUUAGAUAUUAUAGAUACUUACCUAUUUUUAAGUGAUUUUUUAAAUAUUUUACUGUGAUAGAACUAGGGAAUAUUGUAAAAAUAUUUACGUUUUAGUUUUGUGAUUAAAGCGUACAUAACCCAAUAUCGAUGUCCACGCUGGUCUCACUAGAGCAGGGCCUGCGGGUCCCCACAAACAGAUUGACAGGUUUAAAAGCCUGCUAUACAUUUCUUAAGAUUUUGUAUUGAUAACAAUAUGUGCUUAAUCGAUGUUUGCCUUUCGCCACCUACGAAAGUGGUAGAUGUCAGCUAUAAUUCCUUUUUUGAGAGAGAUGAGAGUGUAAGCCUUUGCCCAACAAUGGAAUAUUCAAACAUAUAUACAUUAUACAUAUUAUAUGCUGUUACAACUUUACGCACAUGGAUAAUGUAAAGUAUAGUAUGUACUGAAAUAAAUUGUUGGGAAAUUACUUACCUCCCUACUGCAAAAUAAAAUUUUACUUUCAAGCAAUAUAAGAAGGAAAUAUUGUCAAUAUUCUCACUGCGUAAUUGACGCUCUAAGAUAAUUGCAAAUAUAUACCUAAGUAUUUAAAGUGUAACCUUCAUGCGAUAUUACAUCAUUACACUACUUAAUAUAGUUCCUAGUUAAAAUUAGGUGCAUUUUAUUUUAAGAUUAUUUCAAUAAUAAUUUUUAUUGCAUCGAGCGUAACAUAGCCUAAGUAGAUAGUUUGUGUUAAUAUCAGUGCUUAUAUUAUAUGUAUGUAAUUUUGUUGAAUUCUGUAUAUUUUUAAAGAAUUAUCUUUCAAUAUCAGUAGGUGCAUACCUUAAUAAGUAUAAACCAAUACAUGCAACCAAUUGGGAAAAAUUCCAUAAACAUUUUGGUUGUUACAUUUAAUAAUAAUACAUAAGUAAAGAAGUCCUAGUACUCAAAUAUACUACGCUUUCUAAAGUUAUACAAAAUGUUGUUAGCUGAUUUGUUGGUUUUAUUUCUGUAGAUUUGCUUUCAACGUUUUGCUCAAAAUUUUUGUUUUUUUUAAUACCUGUCACCUAUUUAUUUAUUAUUUAUGAGCAAAUAACAAUAAGUAAGAAUGAAGGCAAUGGAAAGAAUGUCAUGUCCCUAACUUUCUGCUUAAAAUGGAAGUUUUAUACAUUCCACGUGACUAAUGGAAGGCAUUAAUGUCAUUUGAUAGGACUCUGGAUUACUUGCGAUGUAGUUAAGAAGCAGAAAUCUACAUAUCGCCACCCAAGGAAAUGUUUUAGAAUGUUUGUAAUUCGAUUAUUACCUAUGUAUGACAAAAUAAGUAAUACCAAUGUGACCUAAAAUAUUCAAUUUGUAUUAUUUUUAAAGUAAUCUUUUGAGCAGUCUUAAAAAUAUUUUAUAAAUACUAUUUAAUUAAGUAAUUUAUAAAAUGAUAUUGAAUUCACAAAAUAUUAAUUAUAUUUAGUUAGCUCUAAAUCAGGAGCUAAAUAAUGUUAAUAAUUGCAAAAUAAAUUUUUAAAGAAUAA